CACGAUGUUUGUUGUCUUUGGGCUGGCGACAAUCCCGUACCUGUACGCCCUGCAGAAUUUCUUCCACAGUCCCGUGGCUGGCAUAACAGUUCUCCUUAUCAUGAACAUCAUUAUUGGAAUGGUGCUGGGUUCAAUCAACGCGGACAACAAACUGGAAGGGGAGAAGAUGACCGGCUUCUGGGAUGUGGUGGACAAGGCAUGCAGCUUUCUCUCGCCCAACUACGUACUGGCGGGGGCCAUGGUCAUCAUGCUCAAGGAAACACACUUCGACGAGAAGUUGGGCGUGUCAGUUAAAGACACACCCGAAGAACGGAACAAGUUUGAUUACUUGUUCAAGCGAGACGAUUCGUACAUGGCCGACAGUGCCUACAAGCUCUUGUUCUUGGCCGUGGCUUCGUGGUUCUUGGUUCUUUUCAUGGACUACAAGAUGUACAGGGUUAUAGGAUAUAAAACGAAAUGUCUCAAUGUCAAGGAAGGGUUAGAUGAAGUAAAAACUAAAGAAGAUGAUGACGUUAUUGAAGAAAGACGACGUAACCUUCAAACGGAUAAGCAAAGCCUGUUUGAUACAGAUGCUAUGCUUCUGGUGAACGUGAGCAAGAAAUAUUUCAGUCGACCCGAGGUGGCAGUGUACAAGACCUGCCUGGGCGUCAAGGAGAAGGAAUGCCUGGGCUUACUGGGGCAGAACGGAGCAGGAAAGACAACCACGUUCAAAAUGUUGACUGGGGACAUCGCGAUGUCUAAUGGAGACGCUUAUUUCAAGGGGAAAAACAUCAAAACCCAUCUGAGAAAAGUCCAGUCUACGAUGAGUUACGUCCCCCAGUUUGACGCCCUCCAUGACGAGCUAACUGGACGAGAGACCCUGUACCUGUACGGCAGGUUGAGGGGGGUCCGAGAACAUUGUCUGUCUGAUCUGACGGAAUUUCUCAUCGACUUUGUCGCAUUACGGCCUCACGAGUAUAAGUGCACUGUUGCAUACAGUGGCGGCAACAAGAGGAAGCUAUCAGUGGGGAUCUCCAUCAUCGGCGACCCGCAGUUCAUCAUGCUGGACGAGCCGACCGCUGGGGUGGACCCGGUCUGUCGCAGAAUUUUGUGGAACUGUCUGCAGGUCAUUCGAUCCCUGGCAAAAACUCUAGUGCUGACGUCACACAGCAUGGAGGAGUGUGAGGCUCUCUGUACAAGAUUCGCCAUCUUCAAGAAGGGAAAGAUGCUCUGUCUCGGCAGCCCCCAGCACUUGAAGACCAAGUUCGGCAAGGGCUUUUCAGUUCUGCUACAGGCAUCAGAAAAACCGGACGGGACGCUGCACCCACUGCAACCCGCCGUAGAAUUUAUAUCAGAGAAAAUCCCCGGUGUCAAUGUAUUUGACAACACACCUUACUACUGCCACAUGCAGGUGUCAGAGGUCACACCCUUGUCAGAAAUAUUUAAAAUACUGGUGGAAGCAAAAACGACAUUUUUUCUGAGACAUUUCCUCGUACAGCAAAAAAGUUUAGAGCAAGUAUUUUUGCUUCUAAUGCAUCAAGACUAAAA